AUCGAUCGAUCGUGAUCACCCCUCGGUUCGUUUCCGUGAGUGGCAGUUGUUGCUUUGUGUGUCUUCGGUGUGAUCGCUGGUGCCUACCUACGGUUGGACAUUGAAGUCAAGUAGGCCUUCAGUAGCACUUUCGAGCUUCGAGCGAUCGUCAGUUGAGCUUUCGCGGUGCGCGCGUGCGUUGUUUAGCGAUCGAUUUGGAGUUGGAAGUUUGUUCACAAUAGCAGUAGCGGCAGUAUCAGCGGUCCAGUUCUUCGACGACGACGACGAGUAGGGAAAUCCCUUCCGAUAGAGAUCUACAGCGGCAAUUGUUGUCGGGGGCUUGAGAAUCGGGAUUUACACCUUGUUGGGGCAUUGUGAAAAACUUGCGAAGCAGAGCUAGAAGAAUAUUGUGUGAAUUUAGUGAGCAUUGCUAUCGGCGAGCGAAGAAGUCAGAGAGCAGACCGUUUGGAGCUGAAGUAGUGCAACGAUUUUGUAAGCGACGAGCAUUGCUCAAGUCUGUUUGUGGGCGUCGAAGGAAGUGCGAGUGUUUUUUUUUUUGUUGCGUUUGGGAAGAGUUUGGUGGCAGCUAGGACGUCUUGUGGAAGAUGCGGAACGUCUGGAUUUUGGUGGCGAGCGCGCUGCUAGCGUUUGCCAACUUUGUCAAGUCGCAGGAAUCGGCUCGGAAUCUGUACAGUUCCAGAUACGACAACUUGGACAUCGAUACAAUUCUUGGCAGCAGCCGGUUGGUCAACAAUUACGUAGACUGUUUGCUCAGUCGAAAACCAUGCCCACCGGAGGGAAAGGAUUUGAAACGAAUCCUACCGGAAGCACUCCGUACCAAAUGUAGUCGCUGUUCCGUCACUCAGAAAGAGAACGCACUGAAGAUCAUCACCACUCUGUACUACAACUACCCGGAACAGUAUCAGGCCCUUCGGGAACGAUGGGAUCCAUCCGGCGAAUAUCACCGUCGGUUCGAGGAGUACAUCCAGGGACUGCAGUUCAAUCAGAUCGGUAGCAACGGCAACGAUCGCCCGGUAAGAAACGACUUCGAUCGUGACCAAUCGCAGGUCCUGCUGCAGACGUUGAUCCUCUCGACCACCACACCACCGUCACCAUCGUCCCCGAAUGUGAUCCCCAGCGAACCCGAGCAACGACCAUCCCAACAAUUGGCUCCAUCGGCACAGCUAACACAACCGGUAGCACCUGUUUCAAUUACUUCUACCACUUCCACCACAACCAUUGCCUCCAGUACGACCAGUACUGCUAUCCCUACUACCACUACUACUACCAUUACUACUUCCAAUCCCACAACCUCUGCUGCAACUGCUACUACUGGGACUACUCCUACUACUCCCAUCACUACCACGGGUUCUAGUAGUAGUACAAAUAUGGCCACAGCGGAGACUAGCCAAGCGCCAGGGACGGUAGCCCCCAUGGAAAACCCGCUUCCACAAUGGAUGUUCAAUCGUCAGCCACAGGAGCAACAACAACAACAACAAGCACAACAAAACAUCAACACUCAAACCCGUCCGAGCCAGAUAGUUGCGAUUGGCGCUCAAAAUUCCUUACCGAUCAUUUCCGGACAAUCGAAUGCGAAUCAAAAUUUCAAUUCGGCUGAGCCUGCAACGACGGCCCGGACAACCACCUUCACCACCACCACCACUAGACUCAUCCUCAGACCGGUCAACGGUUUAGAUUUCAUCACAAACACGCGUCCAAUGGUGGGUGUCUUGGGCAAUCGUUUCGGAAAUGACGAGCAAAGCACCAGCGAAACGGUGGAGUUUGGAACCACGGCCCCGAAUCCGAUCACCGUGCGGCCAACGGUGCGAGUCACAGCCAGACCGGUCAUCAGACAAACGACCUCACGUAUCGCAACGCCGAGACCCACUCCGAACAGAUUUCAGGUUGAUUCGGUACCGGUGGUAGAAGUUCCGUUCCGUCCGCAGCCCGUCCAGGGCCAGGUUCAAGUCUUUGCACAACCUCAGCCACAACCACAACCACAAGCACCAGCACCAGCACAAUCACAAGCUACCUCUUCAUCCUUUGCCGGCGGCAUGACCACACCGAAUAAUGUUAUCGAUAACUUUUUUAUUCCACCCGGUCAGGGCGGACUUCCGGCCAAUCCGAACGCGAGCCCCUUCGUUGGCCUGUUCAACCAAAUCGGUAACAAGCUGGCGACCACGGCCGAUGUCAUUGCCGGAAUGCUCCGGAGAACUGUAGAUGUGCUCGUUUCGACGCACCUCCAGACCCACCAACAACAGCAGCGACCAAUCAGAAGCAAUUGAUGAAAGCCAGAGGAGUGAGGAGCAGCUGAAGGAGGAUACGUGAUUCUUGCCGUUUUAGGCAUUAAAAAUGAACAACAGAAGCAGCAAGUUUAUUACAUUUAUACAUACUCUAUCUGAUAACUUAUAAUCACUGAAUAAUUAUAGUGUUUGUGUUGACAUAAGAGCUAGAGAAAUCGCAUUUGAAUACUCCUCAGAGCGGUACAAAAAUGUAAAGAAAUUAGUGAAUGCGUUUUGCUUUUGCCGAAAGAUUUAGUUUAAAAUUGGCUUUUUAGUGGAAGUUGAAUCAAAAUUUGUGCUUGAAUUUUCUCGUAGGAAAAUUAAGUUACAGAAAUGCAGCUACUUUAUCUAGUGAUAAAACCGAGGAAAGAAUUGAUAGAAAAGUUGAUAUAGGGCAGGAUUGUUUCCACUCAUUUUUAAGUAUAAUUUUUUUCCGAUUUAUGAAACCAUUAGGUGUUAUAAUGAUAUCUUGUACUUUUAAAUUACAAGAAGAGGUUGUAUAAUAUGUGUUUACCACAUCAAGCCUGUAUAUUUACCUUUCAUAAAGUCACAAGCAGCGAUUUUAUGAUACAUAAAAUCGCAGAUUGUGACUCGCUGAAAGCAAAAAUGACAGGUUUUAUGAGUCAAAUGCAUGCUUUUCAAUCCAAUCUUUUAAUUUACAAGUACAAAUAUCAUUAUAAUUUCAAUAUAUACUAUAGAAUAAUACAAAAAAUAUUAUUAUUAUAAUUAUAUAAAACGAGAUCAUAACUCCGAAAAUAUUUUAUAUUUUAAAGUGACGUGCAAGCAACUCUGUAUUACAGGGUUGUGAAAAUUGAAAGACAGAGU